AAAUUACUUUCCAAAUUUCCAAUCAAAGAAAACGCGUGUUGACUGUUAAAGAAGCGUACAAAACGAAACACACUCGCUCUCGAAUAUGUUCAAUCGCGCAAAUUCGCUUUGAAUAAUUUGAUCGGGAAGGAGGAGGAGGAGAAGGAGGAGGUUGAGAAAUGUCGCAGGCAGAUGAACCGGUCGUCGGAGUUCCGCUCUAUGUCGGACAUAAUCCGUACCAAGACGGAACGGUCCCACCAAACGCCGUCUACGGCGAUCCCAAAGGAAUUCCGAUUCAGCAGACCAUUUUCCGCGACACUCCCGCUCCGAUCAACUGCGUCUACUGCGGAGAUUCCGGAAUGACGACCGUCAGAUCUAAGCCGAGUUUGGCAGCUGUUGUCGGUUGCAUGAUGCCAAUGAUGCUUGGAGUUUGCUUUCUUUGUCCUUCAAUGGAUUGCCUCUGGCAUAAAUAUCACUACUGCUCUAGCUGCAAGGAAAAGGUUGGGGAUUUUGAGAAAUCAGACCCAUGUGCUGUGAUGGAUCCUCCUCAUUGGACACAGGAGAGCUUUGCAUUUCCUGCAUGAUGUGAUCUCAGAUCAUGACUGCUGGUUUCUUGUCUGUUUGUUUUUGACUCGUUUCUCUUUACAUGAAGUGGUAAAGUAAGAUUCCCGGUACAUAUAUUUCUGAAAGUGAAAUACUUUAGAUAAAAAUGGAUUAAACAAAAGUAAACUCACAAACCGAUAUGGCUUGAUGUGGUACGUCAAAUUGUAAAGUUAUUUUUAUUAUAAAAUAGACCUAAUGGAUCCUAUGAAACUACUUCAGUUUGUGGGUUUAUUUUGUAUAAUCUUUGUAUAUGAAUCAGUUCUCUUUCUGAAAUGCAGCAAUACAAUGGUUGAUCUCUAUGACACUUAAAUCAUACAGCCAGUUACAUGUUUUUUUGAA